AUGGAGAGGAACAUCGAGCAGGACGAGGAACGGUCCUCUGCCGACCUCCGGAUACGCAAGUCCCAGCACUCGGUCCUGUCCCGGAAGUUCGUUGACGUCAUGACCAAGUACAACGAGGCGCAGGUCGACUUCCGGGAGCGCAGCAAGGGCCGGAUCCAGCGCCAGCUCGAGAUCAGUAUCAUGGACUCGCAGAUCUCGAAGCAGGCGCUGAGCGAGAUCGAGGGGCGGCACAAGGACAUCGUGCGGCUGGAGAGCAGCAUCAAGGAGCUCCACGACAUGUUCGUCGACAUCGCCAUGCUGGUGGAGAACCAG